UGAGGACUAAAAAAAAGAAAAAGUUGUUGAGUCAAAAGAAGGAUUAUCCCUAAUUCGUUAUUGAGAGGGAAUCUAGCGGUAUUGCCCGAAGCUUCAGAAUUUCUUAAAUUUUCCUCUUAAUUUCUUCUUCACAAUUCCCCUUUUUCUCUCAUUUCUUCUUCCAUUGUCUUCCUUAGCCCACACGUCAAAUUUCGUCGUCUCUCGCAACUCCCUGUUACGAAGGACCUGGAAUUUUCUACCUUGUCGGUGCUAAUUUUCCUCUUUUUGCUGUAAAUCCCCCAAUAAUGCUGGCUCUACAUUCCCCCCUCCUAAUCUCCGAUGCUUCCCCCGCCGAUCACCUCCUCACCGCCACCACAUUUGCCUUUCCCCCAACCCCGAGAGGCUAACUUACGGGAAGGUCCAAAUGAACGUACAUUUAGAUCGUCGAAAUUCUUGGUGAUUGGUCAUAGAGGAUGCGGGAUGAACAUCUUGCAUUCCCCUGAUCCGCGUUUCAAAUUCAUUAAGGAGAAUUCCAUUCCGUCCUUCGACGCGGCCACUAGGCUUUCUGUCGAUUUCAUCGAAUUUGAUGUUCAGGUAACCAAAGAUGGUUGUCCAGUCAUUUUCCAUGACUGUUUGAUUCUUACUGAGGAAAAGGGUUCUAUCGUGGAGAAGAGAGUAACAGAUCUCAUGCUGGAUGAAUUUCUUUCAUAUGGGCCACAAGAUAAUCCUGGGAAGAUGGGUAAGCCUCUAUUUAGGAGGACCAUAGAUGGGGAAAUAUUUGAGUGGAAAGUUGAAAAUGAUGCGCCGCUGUGCACGCUGCAAGAAACUUUUGAGAAGGUUGAGCAUUCGGUUGGUUUUAAUAUAGAAUUGAAAUUUGAUGAUCUGAUAAUCUAUAAAGAAGAGCAACUUUCUCAAAUGCUCCAACAAGUUUUACAGGUUGUGGAAAAGAAUGCCAUGGUCAGACCUAUUAUAUUUUCAAGCUUUAUACCUGAUGCUGCUCAGUUAGUUAAGAAACUUCAGAGCACCUACCCUGUAUUCUUCCUGACGAACGGAGGGUCGAAAAUUUAUCCCGAUAUUAGAAGGAAUUCGUUAGAGGAGGCUAUUAACGUGUGUAUGAUGGGAGGUUUGAAUGGAAUUGUUGCAGAAGUCACAUCAAUUUUGAGAAAUCCUGCAGCAGUUGAUAAAAUUAGAAAUGCAGGACUCUCGCUUAUAACCUAUGGCCAAUUGAAUAAUCUUCCAGAAGUGGUGUAUGUGCAACGUUUGCUGGCCGUUGAGGGAGUAAUCGUCGACUUAGUACAAGAGAUCACAGGGGCAGUCUCUGAUAUCAUCUCUUCAGAGCAAGAAGAGGGCUCGCAUGAGCAGCAAAUGAACAUGAAGGCCAGAACGAAACCCGACUACUCCCAACAGAGGGCUUGCUUUCUGAUGAACGGCGAGCAGGUAUGCUCACAAAAUACAAGUUUAAGUUCGCACAUUGAUAAUAUAAUACAAUUUUAUCGAUGUAAAUAGGCAUUGAUAAUAUAAUUAAAGUUUAUCAAUGCAUGUGAAUAAACAUUGCCAUUCUUACUCUUUCUGGAGAGUAAAAUGUAGAAAGGAAGACCAAACAUUGGUCUCCAUUUUCACAAAAA